AUGGAUCGGUCCCUGCAGGAGAAAGAGAAAAUGAGGGAGAGAGAAGGAAGGAGAGGAAGGAGAAAGAGAGAGGAAAGAGGAGAGGGAGGUGCAGCGUUGACUGACGGCUCGCGCGGUGGUGCGGCAGACGGCGGCCUCAGCGGGUGUGCGACAACACCACGCAGCUCCUGUGCCGCGCAACCCUCUCCUCGCAGGCUCAACAGGAGGUUCCCAAGCCAGCUCGGGCCGCUGCUACCUCUUCCUCGCCGCCCAACAGAGUGCUUCAAGAUCGAUCUGAUGAUCCACUACCGCUUUGCUUUUGGGACUAAUUUGGAUGGGAAUGGUGAUUUCAUGGUUGAUUAUGAUUACUUGGUUCUUGCUCUUGGAGUUACUGUGAAUACAUUCAACACUCCUGGUAUGAUGGAGCAUUGCCACUUUCUGAAGGUAGUGGAGGAUGCCCAAAAGAUUCGAAAGAGUGUGAUAGACUGCUUUGAAAAGGCGUCACUUCCUAACCUCAGUGAAGAGGAGAAAAGGAAGAUCCUUCACUUUGUGAUUAUCGGUGGUGGACCUACUGGGGUUGAAUUUGCCGUGGAGUUGCAUGAUUUUCUUGUCGAAGAUCUGGUGAAGCUAUAUCCUGCAAUUGAAGAAAACUCUCAACUCCUACUUGCGCUCCGCCUCUUCCUCCUUUCCAUCGCUCAAUAG